AUGACAGGUUACAGACAGAAUGAGCCCUACGCUCUCGGGCCAGAGGAGGAUUGUGACGGCAGGAGCUCUAACGUCUAUCGGAGAAUAGCAGAUUUCAGGGUCCUGCCCUUGCUAGUGAUUGGGUUUGCAAGCUAUCAGCUGGACAGGACAAACAUUGCGAGCGCACUUACGGGUGAUUUUGCAGUGGCCAUCUCUGUGACCCAAAACACGAUCAACCUUGGAAAUCAACUUAUGUUUUUGGGAGUAAUCAUACUGGAAAUCCCGUCAAAUAUGAUGCUUCACAAGAUUGGUCCUCGCAAAUGGAUCAGUGGACAGGUUUUUAUAUUCGGCCUUGUGAGCUGUUUACAAAUCUUUCUGCGAAACAAAGAUGGCUUUCUGGUUACCAGGUCGGUUCUUGGACUUGCCGAAGCUGGCUACAUCCCUGGUGCAAUGUAUACUCUUUCAACAUGGUACACAGCCCCGGAAUUCACAAAACGAAUCGCCAUUUUCUUCUUCGGCAUGUUCGGGGGGACGGCUAUUUCUCCUCUGAUUGGAGCAGGAUUGCUGAAGUUGAAUGGCAAGGCCAAUCUUUCUGGCUGGCAAUGGAUCUUUUUGGUGGAAGGUCUGAUUUCCAUCUCUGUGUCAAUUUUCCUGUUUCUUUUUCUUCCUGAGCGUGAGACCAUUCUCUCGGCAUCUUCUUCUUCAUCCGUUGGCUCGAUAACAAGGAACCCUUGUCCAGAAAAAGAUCAUGCGCCUCAGCCUCCUAAGUCUGGGAUAUCGUUGGUAGUAUUAUGGGAUACUCUGACUUCUUUCGAAAAGUGGCCACAUUUCAUUGCCACGGCUUGCGUCUUCUCUACGUGGAGCCCACUCACAACUUACACACCUAGUAUUAUCAUGUCACUUGGCUUCACUAGAAUCCAAGCAAACUCAUUGGCUGCAAUCGGGAGCUUUGCAACUCUCCCAGUCAUUCUACUUUUUGCAUGGUUGAGUGAUAAGACGAACAAACGAGGCUUGACUGUUAUGCUUGCAAUUCUCGUCUACUUGAUCGCCCUGGUCAUCUUGAGAACGAUAGAGCACAAGGUUCCAACAUGGGGCAGAUUUGGUCUAUGGACAACGGUCAAUGGAUUGGCAGUUGGUUAUCAUCCGAUCCAUAACGCUUGGAUUCAGAUGAACUGUCAGAACCCCGAAGAGAGAAGCAUAAGUGUUGCGUAA